GGCAGUUAACAGAGCGGUAGCUUCGGUGUGUGAGAGACGCGCGUUCGCUGCGAUGCCUGAGCCCGCCAAGUCCGCCCCCGCGCCCAAGAAGGGCUCCAAGAAGGCCGUCACCAAGACGCAGAAGAAGGGCGACAAGAAGCGCAAGAAGAGCCGCAAGGAGAGCUACUCCAUCUACGUGUACAAGGUGCUGAAGCAGGUGCACCCCGACACGGGCAUCUCGUCCAAGGCCAUGGGCAUCAUGAACUCCUUCGUCAACGACAUCUUCGAGCGCAUCGCCGGCGAGGCCUCGCGCCUGGCGCACUACAACAAGCGCUCCACCAUCACCUCGCGGGAGAUCCAGACGGCCGUGCGGCUCCUGCUGCCCGGCGAGCUGGCCAAGCACGCCGUCUCCGAGGGCACCAAGGCCGUCACCAAGUACACCAGCUCCAAGUAGAGCGGCUCCAGCGCCGGUUUUAACCCACCAACCCAAAGGCUCUUUUAAGAGCCACCCAUAUUUUCAAUAAAAGGGCUGUAUUGUCAACUAUGGAAAAAAAAAAAACCUGAAAGCUCCUUGAUUUACAGCCUGCUUGAGAUUCCGUUAAAAUUUUCUCUGCUGUUCUGUUUUAAAACAAAAACUUUAUGUAAGCAACAAAUGGAUUUGUUGUGACUAGAGUUUUUGUGUUGAAAAUGUUUGGGUUUGUGAUUUUUUUUUUUCUAUUUGUGUGGUACUGUUUUUUAACUUACAUUUUUAUAGCACUUUUAAACUUUGGUAUGUAUUUCUUGUGCAAUACGUCACUGUUAAAUCUAAGCAUGUUCCCGUUACAUACAUUGUAAAUGAAAGGAAAAA